AUGGUAUUUGCCCGUGUUGCUGCUCGCUCGUUGCCCCGGGCAUCGUCCCUCCUCUCCUCCACUUCCCCGCACUUCGCUCGUCGAGCUGGGGCGCCCUCCUUUCAUCCCUCGUCAAUUGCGCGACGCACACUGACAGCCACCGCUUCUCGCCAGGGCAAAGUUCUUUUGGUUCUGUACGAUGGCCAUGAGCACGCCAGAGACCAACCCAAGCUCCUCGGUACCACAGAGAACGAACUAGGCAUUCGAAAAUGGCUCGAAGACCAAGGGCACACCUUGGUGACCACCUCAGACAAGGAGGGUGAGAACUCUACCUUUGACAAGGAAUUGGUCGACGCCGAAGUCAUCAUCACCACUCCCUUCCACCCUGGCUACCUCACUGCUGAGCGUCUCGCCAAAGCCAAGAAGCUGAAGCUGGCCGUUACCGCUGGUAUUGGCUCUGACCACGUCGACUUGAACGCCGCCAACACCACCAACGGCGGUAUCACUGUUGCCGAAGUCACCGGCAGCAACGUCGUGUCGGUCGCUGAGCACGUCGUGAUGACCAUCCUCACUCUCGUCCGCAACUUCGUUCCUGCACACGAGCAGAUUGAACGUGGUGACUGGAAUGUUGCCGCCGUCGCCAAGAACGAGUACGACCUCGAGGGCAAGGUCGUCGGUACCGUCGCCGUCGGCCGUAUCGGUGAGCGUGUCCUCCGCCGUCUCAAGCCUUUCGACUGCAAGGAGCUCCUCUACUUCGACUACCAACCCCUCAAGCCCGAGGUGGAGAAGGAGAUUGGCUGCAGACGUGUUGAGGAUCUCGAGGAGAUGUUGGCACAAUGUGAUGUCGUCACCAUCAACUGCCCCCUGCAUGAGAAGACCCGAGGUCUCUUCAACAAGGACUUGAUCUCCAAGAUGAAGAAGGGUUCAUGGCUCGUGAACACUGCCCGCGGUGCCAUCGUCGUCAAGGAGGAUGUCGCCGAGGCCCUCAAGAGUGGCCACCUCAACGGCUACGGCGGUGACGUCUGGUUCCCCCAGCCAGCGCCAAAGGAUCAUCCUCUCCGAUAUGCCAAGAACCCAUGGGGUGGUGGCAACGCCAUGGUUCCUCACAUGUCCGGUACCUCGCUCGACGCCCAGGCGCGUUAUGCUGCCGGCACCAAGGCCAUCCUGGAGAGCUACUUCUCCGGCCGCGAGGACUACAGACCUGAGGAUCUCAUCGUCCACAAGGGAGACUAUGCCACCAAGGCGUACGGUCAGAGAACCAAGAAAUAA